UUCCCGCCCGAAGCACUGCCGUCGGCGGUCGCCGCGAUGCUGGCCGGAGGGCGGCCCGCGGCCUGGGCUCGGGCAGCCAGGGCCCGCGCGCCCACGCCAGGUGGGCAGGGUGGAGGAAGAGGAGGAGGAGGAGGAGGAGGUUCGCUCUCGCGCGGAGGAAGACGGCGGAGGACUUUACCGUCGCGGCGGGCUGGCACCGAGCCGCGGUCGGAGGCAGCCGAGGGGCGCCGCGGGCCCCGCGCGGGCCACCCCGGGGCGGAGAGGGCGCGGGCGGGGGGCGAGGAAGCCGCGAGCGGCGGAGCACGCUCGGGGCACGAAGUGCCUCGCGCGGGUGUGCCACGGCACGGGCCGACCGAGGUCUGCAGCAUGUCCUCCCACGGGCGGCUGCGGAAGAACACGUGAAACAAGGCGAAAAAAGUACUGCAGGGGCUUGCGGAAGACACUUGAAACAGGGGCCCGCCCCGGCGAGGCUGCAGCAGCCGAGCGGCGACCUUGUCGCCUCUCCUGUGCUGUACACGAGGAGGUGGGCAAUCGCCAGGGCGCACCCCGGGUUUGAGGAGGUGGGUAAGCGCCAGUCGUGCCCCUGCGAGGCGGUGAUUGAUCCACAUCCACCGCCUGGGAAUCGACGUCCUGGUGCCCCAGCGGACGUCGGAUAUGCGUAUCGUUUGGCCCCCGUGGGCUCGAACGUGCCCACAUCCACCGCCUGUCGAGGUCCCCGAAAAUUGAUCCUCCAGCGGUGGUCAUGCAUAAACUCCCGCCUCGGAGCCCCGGGUGCCGUGCCUGCCAGGGCGCCCACGUGGGCAGCCCGAGGGCUGCCUGCCGGGGCGCGCUCCCCCGGGACACCCCGAGGGCACCCGCCUCGGGGCGCUCGCCCGGGCAGCCCGGAGGUGCCUGCCAGCACGCCUCCCUGGGGCACUCCGAAGGCGCCUGCCAAGAUCUCAACCCGCCGACCAUUAUGUCCGGGCUCGCCGCGGUUCCGGGCCUCACCCCAGACAUUCAGCCAGCCAGGAUCAGCCGCCCAUGGCCGCCGCACGUGCGCCGAAUAAGAACCGGUCCUAGCCGGACGGUCGGCGUCCGAUCGUCCACCGCUCCCGGUGGACCACCGCUUGCCU